CGAGUCCGCAGCGGACAGCUGAUCGCGCGCUGCGGGCUUCGGAGGCCCAGAUUCCUCCCCGGGGGGCUCCCGGACGCAGUGAACACCAGUUGGGUCCCCGAGAUUGUAGGUCGGGGGCUGACAUCGGCCUCCAGCCCGAUGGACGAGCCUCUCGGGAAGCCUCUCAGCGGUGCGGAGAAGGAAAAGUUGAAGGAAAAGCUAGCGUUUUUGAAAAGAGAAUAUAGCAAGACACUGGCCCGCCUUCAGCGUGCCCAAAGAGCCGAGAAGGUUAAGAGUUACAAGAAAACAGUUGAAGAAGGUUGUUUGCUCCAGCAGGAAAGCUCGCAACAGGUGAACCACUCAGAACCUAUAAAUGAAAGAUCUCCUUGUGGCAGAUUACAAAUCAACUAUCUUGUUGAGGAAACUGGAGAAAACUCAUCUGUGAUAAUUGAUGUUGACCCAGAAUCCUUGAGCCCUAAGGACGGCCGAGAAGGACCAUUUAAACCAAGAACAGAUAAUGUCCAAGAACCUCUUCUGUAUCGCAGCAGUGGCCCUGGUGGAGAGAAAAGGCAGAGUGAGCAACCGUGGAGAACAAAGAAAAUGUGCAUUUCACAGGAGAAGAAGUGUCUGCUUGGCUCCGAUUCUCUGUUACUUUCUGGUGAACAACUAAAGAAACAGGAAGCAGUCAAUGGCAAAAGCUCGAGGUCCCCAGUAACUGAAAUAACUCACCUUUUAAGUCUUAAGUCUCAAGUCCCAGACCCCCCAGAACUAGUUACAAGGCAUACUGGAGAAGGGGCGAUAAUUUCCCCAGCUGCCAGAUCAGAAAGGGCUGUUGAUCCACUCUCUGGAAGAAGUCGGGUCUCCAGCGACACUGCAGUCCCCUUACCUGCCAGCAGUACUAGUCAGCACCUUGACCUGACCCUUCCUAACGUUAGCCCUGCUUCAGCCAUACACCUAGAAACACAAGGCAGUACUGAUAACCCAGUAGGAAAUGAAGCUGUGAAUACCACUGGUCAGUUGCCUGGAAGUCCUAAAUUAGAUAACUUGUGUUCUAUGAAUGAGUGCACUUAUAGCAACUUAUCAGUAGCUAUAAACCAAAGCUUAGAGCCAGAUCACAUAGGGAAAUCAUUAAAAUCUGACAACAUUCUUGAUAGCAGGAGUGAAAAUCUUCAGAAAAAUGAAGUUCUAAGUCAAUCUAAGAGUUUUAGUCCAGAAGCACUCUCUCCUACAGAAAAUCAAAUACAUUCUUGCACGGUACUUGAAGGACUUUUAUUUCCUGCAGAAUACUAUGUUAGAACAACACGUCAUAUGUCAGAUUGUCAGAGAAAAAUAGCCCUUGAAGCUGUAAUUCAAAGUCAUUUAGGUGUCAAGAAGAAAGGGCUUAAAAAUAAGGAAGCAACUAAAAAUGUAAACCUUUCCAGUGAAGAAAUUGACCACAGGGAAACUAGCAUGUUGGACUCACACCCAAGACAGACAAGUUUGAGGGGUCUUCAGCAACCUUUCUCUUCAGCUAAAGGCUCGUCUGCAGGGCCAACUGGAGACAGCUGCUCUAGGAAAGCUGCUAUGCAGCCAUCUGGUAAGAGACUCCGGGGGAAAAGGAGAUCGGCAUGCACUUUGACACUGGAUCAUCGUGAGCUCCUUUUUCCAACUCCUAGCACAUUGGGCAUUACCAGAUCCAAGGCCAGAUUCACUUCUCAUGUGCAUCAGAAUGGAAAAGCAGUUAUCCAUGACUUUCAGUUACCUGACGAAGACUUUGGCCCUCUUAAGAUUGAAAAACUGAAGUCCUGCUCAGAAAGACUGACUGAGUGUCUUGGAAAGAGACUUCCUCAACAGGGGGAUUGUAUUGUUCUGGAGGAACUGAUUCCCAAGCAGAGAGAUGGGGAAAUGGAAGACUUGAAAGAAGAACGUGCUGCUCUCCAAGGGAAAGCACAUUCUCAAAUGCCAAACCUACAAAGCCAACCUGCAAACAAGGGCUUUUCUUCAUCCACAGUUCUUUUCACUCCUUUGAAUACUGCUGUCACUGGUAACAGUGACAGAUCUGUUGCAGACCUGUGUUCACCUGCUUUCCCGAUCUUAGGCACUACUCCAGCUUUUAGCUCCCAAGCAUCCUUCGAAAAGGUCCCUGUGGAAGUUGUUGAGCAGGCUUGCUCCACACCCCAUCCUUCUCACUUGGAAGACAAAGUCAAUCUUGCCAAUAAUAGUAAAGAAUGCAACAGUUCAGCCAGCUCACCAAAACUGGAUUCCAGCCUGCAUGUGUCAGGUAGGCAAGGACAGCCUGCCUGUGACUGUGACUCUGACCCCCAAGCAACACUUCUACCCAUUGAGUCAUUCACUUUCAGAGAAAAUCAGCUCUGUGGAAGUGCAUGCCUGGAGUUGCAUAAGCAUUCCAUUGAACAGACUGAAAUGAUGGAGCUUCCUGCUUCUGGUAGCUUAAACCCAGGAAAGCUACACUUGGUUUCGAAGCUAAAGAAUCCUUCUGGUUCCUGUUCUGUGGACGUGGGUGCUGUGUGGUGGGAAAGAGCUGGUUCUAAAGAGCCAUGUAUCAUAACUGCUUGUGAAGAUGUCGUUUCUCUUUGGAAACCUCUGGAUACUUGGCAAUGGGAAAAAGUUUAUACCUGGCAUUUCACAGAGGUUCCAGUGUUACAGAUAGUUCCUGUUCCAGAUGUUCACAAUCUUGUGUGUGUAGCUUUGGGAAGUUUGGAAAUCAGAGAAAUCAGGGCACUGAUGUGUCCAUGUGAUGGCGAACAUGGAAAGCAAGCACUACUGAAGUCUGGAGACAUCAAAGCUGUGCUAGGUCUGACAAAGGGGAGACUAGUGAGCAGCAGUGGAACAGUUUGUGAUCAACAAGUAGGAGUCAUGUCAUUUGCAGAAGAUGGAGGAAGUAAAGAAGAACAGCUUUUGAUGCCUCCAGAAGAGACGGUCCUGACUUUUGCUGAGGUCCAGGGGAUGCAGGAAGCUCUGCUUGGCACCACCAUUGUGAACAGCAUUGUGAUCUGGAAUUUAAAAACUGGUCAACUCCUGAAAAAGAUGCACAUUGACGAUUCUUACCAAGCUUCGACCUGUCACAGAGCCUACUCUGAAAUGGGGCUCCUGUUUGUUGUUCUGAGUCAUCCUCAUGCCAAAAUGAAUGAGUCAUUUGGAAGCCCUGUGUUUCAGCUGAUGGUGAUCAACCCUAAGACCACCUUUAACAUGGGUGUGCUGCUGUACUGUCUUCCUCCAGGGCAGGCUGGGAGGUUCCUAGAAGGUGAUGUGAAAGAUCAUGUUGCAGCAGCAGUCUUGACUUCCGGAACAAUUGCCUUUUGGGAUUUGCUUCUUGGUCAUUGCACAGCUCUCCUCCCACCUGUCUCUGACCAGAAUUGGUCUUUCGUUAAAUGGUCAGGUCGGGUCUCUCUCUAGCCGAGGCCAAGAAGUCCCAGGACAUCUUUAUACAGAUACUGAGAACCAUUGACUAUUUUCAUGCCAAAAGCAUCACCACAAAGACAUUAGACCCAAGAAUAUCCUGGUAGAUACAGACGGGCAUUUCAGAUUGUGUGGAGCAGCUCCUUGGAUGAAGACUCAAGUGGUGGGGAUUAGCCUGGCAUCGCACACCCAGCCCAGAGGCUUCCAGGGAAGGAGGAGGUUUGUCCAUCCAAACUGGGAGGCCUGAGGAAAUCUGGCCUGGUGCUUCCCAUCCAUACCAUUCUCCCAGUGGGAGUUUGAGCCAAAAGGAUACCCAAAGCAGCCCGUGGAUGAGAAAUCCUUCUGUCCUCUCCUGGGAGAAACAUCCAGCCUAUUUGCUAGAACACAUCCCUGCCCUCCUGAGUCCUUGCCAUCUAGUUUCUGGGCCAGGGGACAUGGUCUCCCCCAUGAGGGAAGACUUGUCUCCCCCAUGAGGAGAGAUUUCUCUCCCCAGACAGAACACCAUUCCUUAGACAAGUCCCAUCCUCCCAAGGUGCCGUAUCAAGAUUGGGAACAUAGGCACCAAGCACUCUGAGGUGGUAGAGAGCAGUGUUUUGGAGAAAAAAGGAUGCAGGUAUCCUUGGGAAUGCUGCCUGGCUCAAGUUUUCCCAAACUGUGCUCUAUGUGAGGUCAUAUGCAUCCUGUAAAGGAUUACAGGACAGCCGGGCAGAAAUCCAACUGCUCUCUGACCAGCUGCCUCAGUGCCUGCUUUAUCAAAAGCAUCCUCCAACCUGGCCACCUCCAGAUGAACUGUCCUGCUCCAUCAUACCUGCUACACGCAUUUCAUCUCACCAAAGGCCCCUAAACAAUGGAGCCAGGCCAACUAGAAAGCCUCUGAAAGUAUGAGCAAAGUAAAUCUCGCCUCCCAAAAG